ACAAAUUUCCUUCCAAAUUUGCAGUACUACCACUAAUUGGUUUGGAAUUGGGCAAUGUGAAAGGUCUAGUUUAGGUGCAUACGUUUGGGUUGACUUGACCUGUGUGGAUAAUUUCUUUUGAUAAAAGAAAAAACACCUCCCUCAGACUCCGUCGUCAAUUCAAUCUCAAUUUGAGAAAAGAAUUAUCCUUUUUUUAAUUUUAUUUUUCAAAACAUUGUUGUUUUGGUUUGAUCCAACAAUAAGAUCGCAGGGGUAAAAACGCUGAGAAUGGGAAAGAAAUCGUCAUCUUCAGCAUCAUCUUCAUCUGUGUGGAGCAGAGGAGGAUGGCGAUAUCUUCACCCGUCGCGUUACCUGAAAAAGCCUAAACGAUUGGCACUCCUCAUUUUCGCCUUCCUUUUCCUUAAUUACUUCCUCUGGGACCGCCGAACCCUCUCCUCCGCCCAUCAGCUAAAGGUAACCGAAUUAAAUCAACAAGUAACAAGCUUGCAAAAUCAGGUACAAGAAUUGAAGAUCAAGCUGAGAGGUGCAGGUGUGCAGAGAAAGAUUAUUGGGAUUGGAGAUAAUAAUAUCAAUAAUAUUAAGAAGAAAGAGGCUGAUUUGGAUGAUGAAGACCCUAUUAAUAUUGAACGAAGACAGAAAGUGAAAGAAGCAAUGCUUCAUGCUUGGAAUGCCUACGAAAAAUAUGCAUGGGGCCAAGAUGAACUUCAGCCACAAACAAAGAAUGGUGUUGAUAGCUUUGGUGGUCUUGGAGCAACUCUUGUAGAUUCUCUUGAUACAUUGUAUAUAAUGGGUCUAAAGGAGCAGUUUCAGAGAGCUAGAGAGUGGGUUGCAAACUCGUUGGAUUUUAACAAGGAUUAUGUAGCUAGCGUUUUUGAGACAACGAUAAGAAUUGUUGGUGGGCUUCUUAGUGCGUUUGAUCUCUCUGGAGAUGAUAUUUUCCUUCAAAAGGCUAGAGAUAUUGCAGAUAGGUUGUUGCCUGCAUGGAAUACAGCAUCAGGAAUCCCCUAUAACAGAAUUAACUUAGCACAUGGCCAUGCUCAUAACCUUAGGUGGGCAGGAGGAAACAGUAUCCUGGCAGAUUCUGGAACAGAGCAGCUUGAGUUUAUUGCUUUAUCUCAAAGAAUAAACGAUCCCAAAUACCAGCAGAAGGUGGAGAAUGUCAUCAAAGAAUUCCAUAAAAUCUUCCCUUCUGAUGGUUUGCUCCCAAUCUACAUCAAUCCUCAUAGUGGAACAACAUCACAUUCAACUAUCACAUUUGGUGCUAUGGGUGACAGUUUUUAUGAAUACCUACUUAAAGCUUGGAUACAGGGUAACAAAACGGAAGCUGUAAAGCAUUACAGGGAUAUGUGGGAGACAUCAAUGAAAGGUCUGCAAAGCUUGAUUCGAAAAUCAACUCCAUCCUCAUUUGCGUACAUAUGUGAGAAGACAGGAAAUUCACUGUUUGACAAGAUGGAUGAAUUAGCAUGCUUUGCCCCUGGAAUGUUGGCUUUAGGAUCUAUUGGUUAUGGUCCAGGAGAAGCUGAAAGAUUCUUAGCACUUGCAGAAGAGCUUGCCUGGACUUGCUAUAAUUUCUAUCAGUCAACCACCACAAAAUUGGCUGGAGAGAACUAUUUCUUUCGCACUGGACAGGACAUGACUGUUGGUACGUCAUGGAAUAUUUUGAGGCCUGAGACUGUUGAGUCACUCUUUUACCUCUGGCGUCUUACUGGAAACAAAACAUACCAAGAAUGGGGUUGGAAUAUCUUUCAAGCAUUUGAGAGAAACUCCCGUGUUGAGACUGGGUAUGUCGGGCUUAAAGAUGUGAAUACAGGUGUGAAAGACAAUAUGAUGCAAAGUUUUUAUCUUGCGGAGACGCUCAAGUAUCUGUAUCUCCUGUUCUCACCUCCAUCUGUCAUCCCUCUUGAUGAAUGGGUGUUUAACACAGAAGCUCAUCCUUUGAAAAUUGUGACCCGAAGUCCUGAUGAAAGAGAAGAAGAAUAGCUGUUUGAGGCCAUACCAACAAAAGAGAGUCAAUGUGGUCUGACUAGCCUCUAGGCAAGACAAAUACUUUGAAAGCUUGGUUAAUACUCCCAGCUGCCCUCUGCCUCAGGUUGUCAAUUAUAAAUUAUUGGAGAAUCCCAUGGAGGGCAUUUUUGAACCACCUCAACUGAGUGUAGGGGUAGUGACCGAUGGUGUACUCCAUCUGAAAAUUGGACUGUAUCCUCAGUAUUCGACAAUGGAUUGUAUAUUAGUAUCUUUACUUAUUCGUGAUUCCUGCAUAGUAGGAAUAACUACAUUUCAAAUAAGAUUAAAAUUAUAUGCGAUCCAAUCCUUAUAGACCACGAGUGCUAUUUUUCAUAUUUAUAUAUUUGACAAUUAAAUUUUUUAUAGUUUUGAAAAUAACCAUGAAUUUUGAAUUAAAUUUGAAUUUGUUAUGCAAAAAUUUACAUGGAUAGAACAUGAAAACUGAUAGUUGGAUUAAAAGAAAUAUUAAUUUGUAUAA